AAGCCCUGUUUAGCAAGAUUUCUCCUCCAAAUGUUGGUUAUGAAGCUAAAUAAUGAACACAAAACCUCCGGCGCAGGAGCUUGAACAACAUAAACGCGAUCACUCACAGUUUAUUCAGCUGGAAGCGCUACGGCUUCACGUGCCAAAGACUUCGAAGAUGAAGAAUCAAGUGACAAUGAGUGGGAUGUCGCCCAAAGGUUAAUCUGUUGCCUGAAUAGCAUCUGAGUAUGGACGUUUACCUGUAACUAUCCUGGAGCCCAAUCAUCCUGGGAGACCGAUUGACUCUGUAAUGACAGGUCCACAGUCCAGAGCCAUUGAACUUCAAAAGGUACUUCUCCAGGUGAAGAAGCCCUUAGACCAAAACAAAAGCCAGAAGAUGAUCAGCCUGCUUUGCCUGGUGGUGUUCUUUCCGAGGCUUGCCAACAGUGCCUAUACAGUGGAAAGCCACCAAAUCUUCGCCAGGGUUGGUGACAACAUUACCCUGCCUUGCCGGCUGAAGCACGACCCCAGCUUCUCAUUCGGUGCCUCCUCAAACAGGAUCAAGUGGUCCAAGCUGGAGGGGUCUGACUACGAAAUCGGUGUACUGCUGUCCAUGGGCUUACAUAAAGUCACAUUCGGACGCUUCCAGAAACGCAUCCACCUACUUGAGGCUGAUGAAAAUGACGCCAGCCUGCUUAUGACCAACACAGAGUUGAAAGACUUUGGCUUCUACAAGUGUGAGAUCAGCAAUGGCAUGCAUGACAGCACUUUUGAGGUGGAGAUUCAAAUGCAAGGGGUGGUUUUCCCAUACUCCCCACAUCUGGGUCGUUACAACCUGAACUUCCAUGACGCCGAGGCAGCCUGCCUGGGACAGGACGCUGUGGUAGCCUCUUUCGAGCAGCUCUACCAGGCCUGGAAAGGAGGGCUGGACUGGUGCAAUGCUGGCUGGCUGAGUGACGGGACCGUACAGUACCCCAUCACCAGGCCCAGGGAGCCUUGUGGGGGCAGGCGGACAGAUGCAGGUCUGAGAACCUACGGGCAGCAGAACAAGUUCAGCAGCCGCUUCGACGUGUUCUGCUUCACUGUUGGAUUUGCCGGUCACGUCUUCUUCGUGGACGGGAAGCUGACGUACGAUGAGGCUGCAGAGGCCUGCCUAGCCGGCGGAGCCGAGAUGGCGAAGGUGAGCCACGUUUUCGCUGCUUGGAAGCUGCAGGGCUAUGACCACUGCGACGCUGGCUGGUUGGCCGAUGGCAGCGUGCGCUACCCCAUCUCCAGGCCCAGGAUGAAGUGCAGCCCGGCAGAGGCAGCCGUGCGCUUCGUUGGUUUCCCCGACAAGAAGUUGCAACUCUACGGCGCCUACUGCUACCAAGCCCAGCCAUGAGGGAGAACAGCACCACCUUAGCUCACAUACCAACCAAAGAGCAAUGACAAACAAGUAUCCAAUCUGAAACCUGCAGAGUCAAUUAGCACAAGCUAGCAUUAAAACUGUGAUAACCUUUACAGUAUAUCCUAAAGGAAAAUACUCAAAUCUGUUUCAUACUGUAACAUUCCAGAUACUAUUGCAAAUUGCAUGCAGUUUUCAGUGAAUAAACAUUAUUUUCAUGAUAUUUAUGUUAUUCAUACUAUUUUCUGCUGACUUACCACUGCAUGAAGCAGGACAAUGCAUACAAUCUGACUAAUGCUGUUUUCAGUGUAUCAAUUGAAUUUGUCAGAGGAACGUGGUCUCCAAUAAGCAAAAAAAAAAAAAAAAAUACAGACUUUUUAUUUUUGAUAAGGAAGUAGCUUGUCUAGUCAAAGCAAUGGCCACUUCAAAAGUUUUGUUAUUCUGAAAUUUUACUUUUGUCUAAUACAUUUGCCCAUGUUUGUUGGUUUAUUUUUUUUUAACACUCUCAACUGUGACCAUAUUUAAAUGAUCCUAUAUCUACAACCCUAUAUAUAAAUAAAUGUGAAAGCUCUAAAGUACCAUUAGGCCUGCUAGAUAGCUAGUUGUAUCACAAUAGAUAAUCAUUAGUAUCCUGUUUUGUAGGCUUUCUCCCUAAAAAAGCUAGAACACAUAACUCUUGCCUCUUUAUGAUAUACUGUAAUGUCCAAGUAUGAUUCUUGGUCCUAAACUCAUAACUUCAAAGAAAUUUUCCUUAGCCUCCUUAGAACUUUCCUUAACCUUUGUCCAUUAGGAAAAUUGAGAAGAAUCUCUAAAGAGUCCAGUUUUUAAAAGUGAUAUUGGUCUUAAAUAGUGGACUAGUGAAAUUCUUUUGUUCGUGUUUUCUUCCCAAAGAAUUAUUCCAAUAUUGUAGUAUUACAGAUGGCACAUUUCCUCUAAUGUAUCAAGCCCUGACGAGCUGCUGGUGAUGCAAUUGAUGAUGGA